GAUUUUAAAGCACAACAAAGUCAGCUAGAACAUGGCGAACAGCCACCGGAGGAAUGUUCUGGUUACCUCGUGUCUGAAGACGCCGGUAGACCCAAACACAAAGGCGCCGUUAGCCUCAUACGAGCGGGGGAGAGCCUCGGCGUCAGGACGCCUGGACAACCGGGACUGCGAGAAAGAGCUGGAGUAUCAGGACUCGGAGUCAGAUUUCUGUGAGGAGGACUGUGUGGGGAAGACCAGCCCUCACAUGAGAAACGGCUACACAAGAGGGCGCCCCGACCUGAGUGAAAUCUUUUUCUCCAAUGAAGAGUAUUACAGCAAGCUGGAGGAGCUGAAGAAGACCCAUCUGAGCACCAUGGCCAAGCUGGAAAACAUGUACGGGCAGAAGCUGCAAUUCAGGCCGACUGAGCCUAUAGACGGGACCAUGCUGGACGCAUGGCACAGGUUUCCGUGGGAAAACAACAGUUCUGCAACUACACAUCAAGGCUUGAAAAAGUCCCACUCCGCUGUAGAGCUCAGGUGGGGCUCUGGCCAGUCCGACUCUUCAGAUGAAACCAGUAGCAGGAAGGAUGUGGGGAUAGGCCUGCUGUUAUCUCCUAAAGAGGUCAUCACGAAUAUGUGGAAGGACUUCAAGGUGCCCCCUCACAAUCACUGGCUGACCUCCUCAACCCCAUGUAGCCCGCCUGUAGGCCGGAGCAGACCACAAAAAAGAACGGAAGAGGCGAGGCAAGGGAGUAAAGACAGAGAAAAACACAGAGCGACUGUCCCUAAGCCGUUCCAUAUGACGCUUCGUGAAGAUGCGAGGCAGAAAUGUGGCGUAAAGACGCGUUCUGAGAUGGAACUAGAGAACACAAACCUGAGGAGACAGCUGGAGGAACUGUCUGAAUGCCAGAGGAAGUUUCGCGCCAGCUCCGUACCCGCACACGUUCGCCUUCCACUGUACGAGGAGCUGCAGGAGCGGAACGAGGAGCGGCGGCGGGCCAUAAGGGAGCGAGAGCAGCACCAUCUUCAGACUAUCCAGAAACCCUUCAGCUUCUUAGAGAGGGAGCGACUAAAGAAAGAGCAGAAGCAGCAGCAGCUCUCAGCUGACCAGGAGAAAGCCAAACCCUUCAAAGCCAAGCCCGUGCCCAAGUCUGUGUAUGCAGCUGCAUCAGGGGAACAGAUGAAGGAGGAGCAGCUGUAUCGGUCUAUCAAGAUACAGAUGAGGGCCCAGGAGAUGCUCAACAGUGCUUCAUUGCCUCCCAGCAUGCUCACACGACGGCCCAGUGAGCGAAAGAAGACUAAAGAUGGCAGCACUGCAGCGGAAGCAACACACCAGCCUCAGAUUAACAAAGAGGUGCCUGACUUUAAAGCUAGCCACAAACGCUUCCAGAAACAGCUGGAGAGACGAAAAGAGGUGAAGCCCAUAACUGCAUGUGAACCCUUCCAACUGAAGACGUCGCAAAUCUCCUGCCGCCGAGAACGCAUCCUGGCUGACAUUGAGAAGGACCGGAGCAGCCCUCGGAUGCUGCGCUGGCCAUACAUCAGCCCUGGGUCAGCUCGGACCCCCAGCUCGAGCCUCUGCUCGUCUCUCUCAGGGAGCAUGGAACUUCUUCCUGCCAAAGCCACAGAUGCCACCAAAAAGCGCCACGAGGCAGUGAGAAAGGUGCUCGAGCAGAGAAAGAAGGCUGAGGAGGAAGAGCAACGGUGGAGGGACAAGCAGAAGCAGAGAGAGAAGAAGUUGCAGAGGCUGGUUCUGAAACGAGCCCAAGCCAACGACCCCCACCAGGCUCUGUCACAGAUCUACCAGGGCAAGCUCCAAGAGUUCAGGAAACAAGACCUUCAGCGCAAGAAGGAAUACAAGCAGGAGAUCAGAGACAUGUGUGAACGAGUGAAGGGAAGGCCUCUGCUGCUGGAGCAGGUUGCACAGAGAAUUGCUAAACAAGCAGCAGAGAAGCGCUACAUCGAAGCCCUGCAUGGAUCUGAUGUGACAGAGGACUUUCUCAGCAGCAAGGUUGGCAAACCAGCUUCAGACCGUAAAGCGUCUGUAUCCAGUGACAGCAAGCAGAGCAACCAGGAGGAUGCCGAUUAUAAACCUGUUCGCUACAGAAAGAUCUUUCUAGAUGAUGAAGACAUCGAUGAUCCUGCUGAGAGCAAAGGAAGGAAAGAGGAGGAGAGUGACAUGGCCUCACUGAACCAGGAUGAUGAAGACCAUUCCCCAGAUGAUUACCAUGGCAAUGAUUGCAGCUAUUCUGAUGGAAGUUUCUCAGAAGAUGUUGGGAAUUACUCAGACGACAGCGAGCAUGAAGCAGAUGUCAGACAACAGAAAGUGGGAGAGUGAAGUCAUCAAACAUUGCCACAUGUACAAACACUCAGAGAGAGGAUCAACCCAGUUGGCCGAUGGGUUUGUUUGAUGACAUUUUAACAAGUGUUUGGAAAAAAUCGUAAUGUAAAAGUUAAGACUGGAAAAUUGUGAUGUUUAUGAUUAAUUACUGGAUCUGAAAGUGUUCAUUGUGCUUCAUGAACAUUUUGCAUAGGAAGUCUAAGGCCCUGUCCACACGUAGCCGGGGAUCUGCCAAAACGUAGAUAUUUUUCUGCGUUUUGGCCUGUCAUCCACACGAAAACGGAGUUUUUUUACACGAAAACGGAUCUUUUUAAAAACUCCGGCCAAAGUGAAGAUCUGCGUUUUCUCCGUUUUGGGUGUCUGCGUGUGGACGGACAAAACCGGAGUUUUAAGGUCCGCAACGUCACUUUCCGCGACAAAAAAAUGCUGACAUCACGUGUGUGACCUGUGUUUACACUAGCCGACAGCAUGGAUGCCCUCAGAGCUGCGCUCGCUUUAUCAAUUGUCCAAGCGCUUUCUGCUUGUUUGUUUUUGCAAGAGGAAUUACUGCUCCUUGUGGAAGACCACAGACGAAGGACGAGGUUAAGAACGGGGGAAGUACUGCCGCCUACAGGUCUGGCAUGUCCUUAACAACGUAUUUAUCCGGGUACGUGUGGACAGAUUUUGUUUUUACAACGCGGUGGUGUGGAUGCAAGUUUUUGGAGGGGCGGAUAUUCGUUUUUAAAAAACCCGGCUACGUGUGGACUAGGCCUAUGUCUCCUCCCCUUCCAGUGGACCCAUGGGUCCCUGAAUGGGGCUAUAAAAGUAGUUUUCUAAUCCGCUUUGCCUUUCGCCCUAAAUCACACACAUGUUGUACUUCUCUGUUGUACUGAGUUUUGACUAUGUCUGUCACAUACUUUGAGAUUUAUUAGCUUGUAAAAGUUGGUAAAUAAAAGACGACAAAUCAGA